ACAAAGGCAGAAGUGCAAGUGGUUUGUGUUAAUGUCAUGAAAGAGCAGUGGAGGUGCUCACACAACAAACCUGAGAGGACCAGAGACGAGUUCAUGACUAGAACACUUUGAAAGAACCCGAGUCACUGGAUCUGGACUGCAGCUUUAAAAAUGGGAUUGGAGCAGCAGAAACYGGAACAGCUGGAGAGGGAGCAACUGGAGAAAAUGAAACCUGAUCCUCCUGCAGCUCCCGCCCCGCCGGCUGCUCCACCUGCCCCGCCGGCACCACCCCCACCUCCGGGACCACCCCCACCACCCUCUGGGUCCUGUCCACCUGCACCUCCUCCUCCUCCAUCUGGUGGCAUAGUCCCACCUCCACCACCCCCGCCCCCGGCCGGAGGAAGCGGAGGUGGAGGAGGAGGUGGAGGAGGAGGUAAAACUGAUUUGGCAGCAGCUCUUGCAGGAGCCAAACUGCGUAAAACUGCAAAGGAUGAAGGUGGAGCAGCAGCCCCUGCUCCUAAACCAGCCUCCUCAUCAGGGGGAGGAGGAGGUGACCUGAUGGGAGAAAUGAGUGCCAUCCUUGCACGAAGGAGAAAAGUUGCUGAUAAACCUGUUGCCAAAAAAGAAGAACCUUCAAGGGAAGAAGGUGACUCUGCAUCAAAACAGUCAGAACCAAGCGAAAUCAAAGAGAAGGCAGCCUCUUCACCAAGGCCCAAAUCUGUCCUGACCACAUCUCAGAAGGACUCAAGCCAAAGUCCCAGACCCAGCCCAUCUGGUCCAGGAUCCAGGACUAAAGUAMUGAGGAAAACUUCAGAUAGUCCAGAAGCUGAAGCAGAUAUGGAAAAAAUGAAACAGGACAUUAUUGAAGAAAUGAAAAAAGAACUUCAGAAAAUAAAGGAGGAAAUUAUUGCAGCACUGAUCCAGGAGCUGCAGAAAACAACACUGCAGGCUGAAGAAAGCUAAAAGACCAACAAAUCAAACAGYAAAAUGGAUGUUUUUUUUGUUUCAUAAACAUGAUGUCAUUUUAUGGAAUCUGUAUAUGUGAAGUUUUAUUUUUAUUUCUGCAUCAAAUGCGUUUUAGAAUACUUCUGAUGACAAGUCAGCAUUUGUCAUUAAAAGGUUAAAACAUGAUGGAUUAAAGAUAUUCUCUUCAUUAAAAGAAAACAUGAAUAAAAAAAA